GGAUAAUUAUUUACCCAAAUAAUCGAGAUUAUGAUUUUUCCCAUAAUCGAGCAGCCCUAGCUGAUAUGGAUUUAGUCAUCUGAUUCACUUUUUAUGAAGUCAAUACUUACAUUUUUUUAAUUUAAAUAUAGCUUUCUGGUGAUACAUUAAUCAACACUGCUCGAUUAACAUUCCCUAAGUCUUGUUAUAGUGUGAGACAAUUAUGUUGCUUUCAAAUACACCUUUUUUUUUUACAUUCAAGUGUGUCCAAUAACAUUAUUCGUUUGGACUCAUUAUCGUUGUUAUAGCUGUAGUUUUACUUGUGCUUUUUUUCGAGAAUGACACAUCAACAUGUCUUCAAAAUGAAGACAUGAGAGACAAUAUACUAAAAUAUCCAAAUACUUUAUAUAUCUUUCAAUGUCACACACAGUCACAGUGAUACACGGCUGCUUGCAUUUGGAGGGAGAUCGGUUGUCGUAGUUGUCGGGCAUUCCACUCUAAGGAGUUUAUUUUUAGCCCUCAGUCAGGAUCCGUGCUUUAUCUGGACCUGUGUGAUAGUGGCUCCGAGAGAUUGUAUUACUGCUUUACCAAACAAUACAGCACACAUCACAGGAGAAGAGACGCCUUAUCAAUGGGAAACUACAAAUCCAGACCAUCGCAGACAUGCACAGAUGAGUGGAAGAAGAAGGUGGGCGAGUCAUACUCUCUGAUCGUAGAGAAGUUAGAUGAUGACUUCACGCUUAAAGACAGCGAGCUCGGGGAGCUCAAACUGGCUUUCAGCUCUGAUGAGGCUUUCCUGAAGGUGAACGUGAGUUACCGAACAGAGAAGGGUCUGUCGCUGCUGCACCUCUGCUGCGCGUGUGGAGGUAACAAAGAGCACGUCCGCACUCUGAUGCUGAAAGGCCUGCGACCUUCCAGACUGUCGAGGAACGGCUUCACCGCGCUGCACCUGGCUGCUUACAAGGAUAAUGCUGAGCUGCUGACGGCUCUCCUCCACGGGGGGUCUGACGUGCAGCAGGUCGGGUACGGAGCCCUCACCGCCCUGCACAUCGCCACGAUGGCCGGACACCACGAGGCCGCAGAUAUCCUGCUGCAGCACGGAGCUAAUGUGAACGUUCAGGAUGCCGUGUUUUUCUCUCCACUGCACAUUGCUUCUUAUAACAACUAUGAGCAGCUGGCCAAGCUGCUGCUGAAGUUCGGGGCAGAUGUGAAUGCGAGCGGGGAGGUGGGGGACCGGCCUCUGCACCUGGCUGCAGCCCGAGGGUUCCUCUGCAUCAUCAAACUGCUGCUGGGGGACGGGAGCAAAGCCAACGUAAAUGCUCUCGACAACGAGGACCACGUCCCUCUUCACUUCUGCGCCCGCUUUGGUCACCAUGAGAUUGUGCGCUUCCUCCUUCAGGGAAACUUCGACGUGCAGCCUCACUCCGUCAACAUCUACGGAGACACACCAUUACACCUGGCCUGCUAUAAUGGGAAAUGUGAGGCCGCUAAGGAGUUGAUUCAGCUUUCAGGCACAGACAGUCUGACGAAGGAGAACAUAUUCAGUGAGACGGCCCUCCACAGUGCGUGCACAUAUGGUAAAGACCUGGAGAUGGUGAAGUUCUUGUUGAGCCAGAACGCCAUGAGCAUCAACACUCAGGGUAGAGACGGACACACAGCUCUGCACAGCGCCUGUUUCCACGGGCACAUCCGCCUGGUGCAGUUCCUGCUGGACAGCGGCGCCGACAUGAACCUGGUGGCCUGCGACCCGAGCCGCUCCAGCGGGGAGAAAGAUGAUCAGACCUGCCUCAUGUGGGCGUAUGAGAAAGGUCAUGAUGCCAUUGUCACCUUACUGAAACACUACAUACGUCCAGAUGACUCCCCCUGCAAUGAGUACUCUCAGCCGGGAGGGGAUGGGUCCUACGUUUCUGUGCCGUCUCCUCUGGGAAAGAUCAAGAGCAUGACUAAAGAGAAGGCAGAAGUUCUCCUGCUGAGGGCCGGCCUCCCGUCUCACUUCCACCUUCAGCUGUCUGAGCUGGAGUUCAAUGAGAUCAUCGGAUCAGGCUCCUUUGGAAAAGUCUACAGAGGAAAAUGCAGGAAUAAAGUUGUUGCCAUAAAAAGAUAUCGAGCAAACACGUUCUGCUCCAAGUCGGACGUGGACAUGUUCUGCAGAGAGGUCUCCAUCCUCUGCCGCCUCGACCACCCCUGCAUCAUCCAGUUCAUCGGGGCGUGUCUGGACGACCCCAGCCAGUUCGCCAUCGUCACGCAGUACGUCUCCGGAGGCUCUCUGUUCUCGCUGCUGCACGAGCAGAAGAGGCUCAUCGACCUGCAGUCCAAGCUCAUCAUUGCCAUCGACGUGGCGAAGGGCAUGGAGUACCUGCACAACCUCACCCAGCCCAUCAUCCACCGGGACCUCAACAGCCACAAUAUCCUGCUGUAUGAGGACGGACAUGCAGUGGUGGCUGAUUUUGGAGAAUCUAGAUUUCUAAAGUUUGUGGACGAGGAUAACAUGACCAAGCAGCCGGGGAACCUGCGCUGGAUGGCUCCGGAGGUUUUCACUCAGUGCUAUGUGUCUGAUCCCAUGAGCACCAUGAGGUUAAACUCCUCUUACAGCAGCAGUGGCAGCUUCGAGGACAGUAACUAA